GAAAUCCCACCCUUGCACCAAAUCAGUUCAUUUCAAUCCACACAAUGACCAAAAACCAAAUUCAUCGGGCUCGUCCAUGGCCUGGAUUCCCUACCUCAAAGGGUUUGGGCAGCUUUGGUGAUGCCAAUUGCAUGGAGCAGCUUUUAGUGCACUGCGCCAACGCUAUAGAAAGCAACGACGCUACACUAGCGCAGCAAAUUCUUUGGGUUCUCAACAACGUCGCACCACCAGAUGGUGAUUCCAACCAGCGCUUAACAUGUGCUUUCCUUCGAGCACUUAUCGUCAGAGCAUCCAAGAGUGGCACUUGCAAAAUGCUUGCAGCAAUGGCGAACGCUCAUUGCAACCUGUCUAUCGACAUCCACACUUUCUCUGUCAUCGAGCUGGCUAGCUUCAUCGACUUAACCCCUUGGCAUCGAUUCGGUUUCACGGCAGCGAAUGCAGCGAUACUAGAAGCUGUUGAAGGGUACUCGGUCAUUCACAUAGUUGAUUUAAGCUUGACACAUUGCAUGCAAAUCCCUACAUUAAUAGAUGCCAUAGCCAAUAGGCUCGAAGGACCCCCAUUAGUAAAACUCACAGUCGCUGGUGGUGCCACUGAAGAUGUCCCGCCAAUGCUCGAUCUUUCUUACCAAGAGUUGGGGUGCAAAUUGGUUCAUUUCGCUAGGUCCCGCAAUGUAGCAUUGGAAUUCCAAGCGAUUCCAUCUAGUUACGCUGAUGGAUUUGCUUCUUUGAUUGAGCAGCUUCGGGUUCAACAUUUAGUAUAUGCAGAAAGCGGUGAGGCUUUAGUUAUAAACUGUCACAUGAUGCUUCACUACAUACCAGAAGAAACUCUGUCUUCACUUUCUAAUGUAAAUUCAAACCCUUAUUCAUUUGAAUCAUCGUCCACUCAAUCUCUUCGAACCAUGUUCCUCAAUGCGCUUCGAGUGUUGGACCCGGCAAUUGUUGUACUAGUAGAUGAGGAUGCGGAUUUGACAUCAAAUAAUCUGGUGUGUAGAUUAAGGUCUGCUUUCAAUUAUCUAUGGAUACCCUACGAUACGGUGGACACUUUUCUUCCACAAGGGAGCAAGCAAAGGCAGUGGUACGAGGCUGGAAUUUGUUGGAAGAUAGAUAAUGUGAUAGCUCAUGAAGGUCUGCAAAGGGUGGAGAGGCUCGAACCGAAGAGCCGGUGGGUGCAGCGGAUUCAGAACGCCGGUUUUCGUCGGGUUAAUUUCGGUGAAGGCACCAUCUCGGAAGUGAAAACAAUGCUUGAUGAACAUGCAGCUGGAUGGGGGUUGAAGAAAGACGAAGACGAUCUUGUACUUACUUGGAAAGGACAUAAUGUUAUAUUUGCUACAACUUGGGUGCCAGCUUGA